AUGCACCGCAGCCAUUCCCGGCAGGUGGAGCACGCUCUCCCGCUCCAGGCGCCCAGUGUGUAUGCAGGAGUAACGCAGGGAAUAGGGAACAAGGCGGGGACCAGGGAGGUUCUCCCCAGCCGAGUUUCCGUGCAAGGCUGUUCCGCCCUGGAGCGCUGGUGGUGGCGUUGGGACCCAGGAUCAGGCUGCAGGAGAGAGCGACAGACCUACACGGGUCCGUCACAGCCCAGGGCACUCCAAGGACUCCCUUCCUUUCCACAUCUGACUUCUGCCUUUUUAGGUGACAAUAAGCUAAUAUCUGUAGGUAACAGAGCAAUAAUUGCAACACACCUCGAAUUAGAAAGAAAUUGGCUGGCAAAACUAGGUGACCUGUAUGUUCUUUUCCAAAUUCCAGAUCUGCAGUAAAUCUUCUUAAAACAGAACUGGUUCUCUUACUGUGUGAAGAGUGCUAAUCUUAUAGAAAGCAAUCAGUUAGUAUAUAUGGAUCUUGGUGAAAAUAUGUUAUAGCUGGUGUGGGAGAGAGAUUUAUGUUUGGAUGUGUUUGGGGCAUUGCCCAAACUUCAAGUUCUACAUCUGAAUAACAACUACCUCAGUGCUCUUCCAUAGGAGACUUUUAGAGGUCUACCAUCUCUUAAAAGACUUUACCUGGCUUCCAACCUGCUGUCUCAUCUUUCUCCCAGGCUUUUCCCACAAAGCCUAACGAACCUAAACUUAUCCGGAAACCAGGUGUUUUCCCCUGAGCCUGAAGUUUUUAUGACUUUGAGUGUUUUGGAUAUAACACAUAAUAAUUAUGUCUGUGACUGUGCUUUAAAGAGCCUGCUACUGUGGCUAAAUGAAACAAAUGUAACCCUGGCUGGCUCCCAGUCUGACAGGUACGGUGUGUACCCUGCCUUUGAAGGGAUACUCCUGCCAUAUAUGACGUAUGAUGGCUGUGAUGAAGAUGAACUCCAGCAGACACUCAGAUUCUCACUCUUCAUCUUCUUCUUGGUCAUUCUUCUCGUAUUUCUGGUAGCAGUCACAAUUUUUAUUCGCACCCGGGGGAUUUGUUUCCUCUGGUAUAAAACCACUACAAAAAGACUGAGAGACAACCAACUACGAGCAGUAGAUAAAAAUGAAUACAAAUAUGAUGCAUAUCUGUGCUACAGCAAAAACGACUUUGAAUGGGUCCAGAAUUCUUUCCUAAAGCACCUGGACUCACAGUAUUUUGAUAACAACAGAUUUACCUUGUGUUUUGAAUAAAGAGAUUUCAUGCCUGGCAAAGAACAUAUCAAAAAUAUUAAUGAUGCCAUUUGGAACAGCAGGAAAACAAUUUGCAUUGUGCCCCGGCAGUUUCUCAAAGAUGGGUGGUGUGUGAAAGCCUUUAAUUUCUCCCAGAGCAGGUACUCCUGUGAUCUGAAGGAUGUCCUCAUUAUGGUAGUGGUUGGGUCACUUUCUCAGUAUCAACUGAAGAAACACAAACCAAUUUGAAACUUCCUACAAAGGAAUCGGUAUUUGCGGGAUUAUCAAGAUUAUCAAGAUGUGGACUGUUUCUUGGAUAAUCUUUCUUGACGAAUUCUGAAAGAAAUAAAAGUGCAAAGGAAAAUUGGUAGUAUAGAGCUGCAGUCUGUAGCAACUGUCACACAUUGA